AUGGAUUAUAUUCAGAUUGCAUUUCAUCCAGUCGCUCUGUACCAGCUGGCCGCCUUCCCUUGCGCUGUCCUGUACUGUUAUCUCUGCUCCUAUGGCCAUUUGCCUGCCAUACUCAGAUACUUAUAUCUGUUAGUUGGAGGAGUGAUUUUAGCCAUUAUGUCAAUGGGUCAUUAUGCUCUAUUGUUAUUUGCUCCUGCCCUGGGUGCUACUGUGUUGUUUCACACAGCCAACUACCACUCCAUACACAGAUGGGCUUUUCUGCUGCAGAUGGCAUGGCAAACGAUCUGCCAUCUGUGGAUGAUAUAUAGACAAUACUACUUACAGGAAAUAAUGAAUAUGAAGGUGUCCAUCAUGAUUUCUUCUCUCAUGCUGCUGACUCAAAAAAUCACGUCCCUUGCCAUGGAUAUCCAUGAAAAAAAAGUGACUGUAAACACAAAGGAUGUUAUGGAGUCGAAGGAGAAAGGUCUUCGUUGUCAGCCAGCGUGCUCCAUACUAGCUGUUCUCUCCUACUUACUGUUUUUCCCAGCACUUUUGGGUGGGCCGCUGUGUUCAUUUGUGGAAUUCCAGCAGCAAAUCAGUAACUACAAAGUGUGUGAUAAGCUAUGGCAGACCUGGACUGUAAUUAAAGCCUGCACACUAUUCUUCUUGUUUCAUACAUUACGAGGUAUAUUAUUUGAGCAUGUAAACUUUCAAUACAACCUCACAGACUGCAGACAAUGGGAAUGCAUAUAUGUUAUGUGGAGCACAGCAUUGUUAUUCAAACUAACCUACUACUCCCACUGGUUGUUGGACGAAGCCCUAUUAUACAGUGCAGGCUUUUACAUAGGACUGAGCAACCAUUCAGCUUUUACUGAUAGCAACAUCUAUACAUUAGAAACAACCAACAGAAUGUCAUUGUUUGCCAGAACUUGGAAUAAAAGCACAGCAAAGUGGCUCCGAAGACUGAUAUUCCAAAGCUGCUCGAAGAAACCAUUACUGAGCACCUUUGCGUUUUCUGCUUGGUGGCAUGGACUGUACCCUGGACAAAUCUUUGGCUUUUUAUGUUGGGCUUUGAUGGUAGAAGCCGACUACAGGAUACAUGCCAAGUUAAGCAUUAUUUCAAAAUCACCAUAUAUCAAAUUUCUCUGCAGAGUAUUAACUUGGUUCCAGACACAAUUGAUUACUGCUUUUAUCAUGGUAGCUGUAGAAACAAGGAACUUAACAAUGCUAAUGGCUCUCCUAUUUUCUUACAACACUUUAUUUCCUUUAUUGUACUGUGUUUUAUUGAUAUUUUUGAUAAAAAUAAAACUAUAA